CACCUGUCAUACAAACACGGAUCCGAUCCGUUAACCGCGGGCGCUCCUGCGCGGCUUCUCCAAUCGCGCCGCCCUCACCGCCAAGUCCUCGUCGUCGCCGCCUCCUCAUCGUCCUCCUUCCCGCUCCAGUUCCCCUACGCACGGAACGCAAUUAGCCAUUACCCAACGAAUCAUCGCGCAUGCUUCGAGGCGGCGACGAGGCCUAAACCGCUCCCAUUGCGGAGCGCCAGCCCUAACCCUAGCUCGCCAUGGACGACGCCGCGCACCGCAAGCUCUGCGGCUACCUUCGCGCCGUCCUCUCCCUCCCCUCUUGGGACGCAACAGGAGCCGCUUCCAUCCCCCCGCUCUCCGCAUGCUCCCUCACCGCCUGCGGCGCCGUGCCCCUCGCGCCGCUCCCCGACGACGGGCCCCAACCGCGGUCCAAGUGGAGGGCGUCCGUCGGCGGCGGGAGCGUCGUGCGCCUGCUGAGGACGCUCGUGGCGAACCGGUGCGUGGAGGUGGAGGGCAGGGUGCUGAGAAUUGUGACGAGGAGCGUGGGGGAAGGGGACGAUGCGGUGGUGGAGACGAGGGCGGUGGUGCUGCUCGACGUGUACCUGCCCGUCGCCGCCUGGUCCGGGUGGCAGUUCCCGCGCUCCCGCACCGCAGCCGCCGCGGUCUUCAAGCAUGUCAGUUGCAACUGGGAUGCUAGGAAUGCUUUCCUUGCUUUCGACUGGAAUUCUCAUGACAGUCCACACAGUGAGGACCAGUGUAUUUGGAGCUGCACUGAUUGUCACGUCCUUGGUUGCGAGGACCAUCAGGUAUCAUCUAUAUCAAAUAACGAGAAGGCAUUUGAUCUGCACGAAAUCUUCCAAGCCCUCCCUAGUGUUAGGAUGGAGAAGAGCAUGCAGAUAGCAAGAAUAACACCAGAUGCUGCAGCACUGGAAUUGGGUAUUUGGUCUGUCCCUGAUGAUGUAUUGAAUAAGAUACUGAUUCGACUUAAGCCUAGGGAUUUGAUAAGAGUAGCAGUGACUUGUCAUCAUCUAAGGACUCUUGCUGCCUCUAUUAUGCCUUGCAUGAAGCUUAAGCUUUUUCCCCAUCAAGAGGCUGCUGUCGAAUGGAUGUUAAAGCGAGAGCAGAACUCACAGGUCCUAGCACAUCCUCUUUACAAGGAUUUCUGCACUGAAGAUGGUUUCCCUUUCUACAUAAAUGUUACCUCAGGUGAAAUAUUUACCGGAAAUGCUCCAACCGUAAAUGAUUUCUGUGGAGGUAUGUUUUGUGAUGAACCUGGGUUAGGGAAGACGGUAACCGCACUCUCUCUUAUUCUGAAAACGCAUGGAACACUGGCGUACCCUCCACAAGGGGUGGAUGUGAGAUGGUGCAUGCAUAAGCCAGGUAAAAAAUAUGGAUACUAUGAGCUAAGUGGGAGCUGCUCUUCUAAUAGAAACAGCCCUUCAUCUGGGUCAAAAAAGCUUUUGGGGAAGGAUGUGAUAAGAGAAGAUCCAUAUUCAAGUGGGCUACAUAGUGGUGAUUCUGUGUGCAGUACCAGAUCUUCAAGAAAGAGAGGCAGGUUAGUGAGCCCUGAUCCAACUGCAGUCAUGUUGCAUGCUGCGAGUGAGAAGUCUUCAGCUUCAUCACACAGCGAAGUGUGUCCAAUGUCAGCUACUCAUGUACUGAAGUUCACUAAAAACUCGAGACAAGUUAGGAAAAACCUCAUGGAUGCAUACAGCGACGAAUCAGUUGGCAAUAAAAGGAAGAGAGGCACCACCUCUGAGUUAAGUGAGACCUGGGUUCAGUGUGAUGCUUGCAGAAAGUGGCGGAGGUUAGCAGAUGGAACUGUUCUUGAUUUUACCACAGCAUGGUUUUGCACUAUGAACACUGACCCUGCACGACAGAAAUGCACCGCUCCAGAGGAAUCCUGGGAUUUGAAGACAAAAAUAACCUAUUUGCCAGGAUUUUACAAGAAAAGUACAUUGCCCGGAAAUGAGGAAAACGUGUCAUUUUUCACAAGCAUAUUGAAAGAUAAUGUUGCUAUGAUCAAUUCAGAAACCAAGAAGGCUUUGUUAUGGUUGGCAAAACUGUCUCCCACUAAACAUCUCGAAAUGGAAUCUAUUGGUUUGACUCGCCCGGUUCUAGAUACGUGUGCAACCAUAGGCAAGGGUCUUCGUCCAUAUUACAAGAUUUUUCAAGCAUUUGGCCUUGUGAGAAAGAUUGAGAAAGGUGUGACUCGAUGGUACUAUCCCUCUAUGCUUGAUGAUUUGGCUUUUGAUUCGACAGCACUUGGUUUUGCUCUUGAAAAACCGCUGGAUUUAGUAAGGUUUUAUUUAUCUAGGGCCACCUUGAUAGUGGUACCUGCUAACUUAAUUGAUCACUGGACAGCGCAGAUACAGCGGCAUGUGUCCUCGGACACCCUUAAUGUUUUUGUGUGGGGAGAUUACAAGAAGCCGUCUGCUCACAACCUUGCUUGGGACUAUGACAUCGUCAUAACCACCUUCAGCAGAUUAAGUGCAGAAUGGGGUCCACGGAAGAGAAGUGCAUUAAAGCAAAUCCACUGGUUCAGGGUUAUAUUGGAUGAAGGGCACACAUUAGGUUCCAGCCUCGCUGUGACAAACAAAUUACAGAUGGCUGUCUCUUUGGUUGCAUCAAAUAGGUGGAUAUUAACUGGUACACCUACACCAAAUACACCAACUAGUCAGGUUGCUCAUCUUCACCCCAUGCUUAAGUUUCUUCAUGAUGAAGUUUAUGGUCAAAACUACCAGUCAUGGGACUCUGGAAUCCAUAGGCCUUUUGAUGCACAAAUGGAAGAGGGACGCGCUCGUCUUGUGCAGCUGCUUCAGAGGACAAUGAUUAGUGCAAGAAAAGCAGACCUGAAAAAUAUUCCUCCUUGCAUCAAAAAGAUAACUUUCCUAGACUUCAAUGAAGGACAUGCAAGAAGUUACAAUGAACUGGUCGCUACUAUUCGCCGAAAUAUACUGAUGGCUGAUUGGAACGACCCUUCUCAUGUGGAAUCCCUUCUCAACCUCAAGCAGUGGAAAUUCCGUGCUACUACUAUAAAGAAUGUCCGUUUAUCUUGCUGUGUUGCUGGGCAUAUCAAAGUAGCCGAAGCUGGUCAGGACAUACAGGAAACAAUGGAUUUACUGGUGCAGCAGGGUCUUGAUCCUUCUUCAGACGAAUAUCAAUUGAUAAGAUAUGCUCUUUUAAAUGGUGCCGAUUGUUUCAGGUGUAAAGAUUGGUGUCGUUUGCCUGUUAUCACACCCUGUCGACAUCUUUUGUGCCUUAAUUGUGUAGCUCUUGAUAGUGAGAAAUGCACAUUACCUGGUUGUGGCAAUCAUUAUGAGAUGCAGUCUCCUGAGACUCUUGCAAGGCCAGAAAAUCCAAACCCUAAAUGGCCAGUGCCCAAGAAUCUAAUUGAGUUGCAGCCUUCAUAUAAGCAGGAUGACUGGGAUCCAGAUUGGCAAUCAACAUCUAGCAGCAAAGUUGCUUAUUUGGUUGAGAAGCUGAGAAGUCUGCGAGAAACAGGCAUAAAUCAUGGAAACUCUACUUACAUAACCAAUGGUGCUGGUCAUGUUAGUGCACCAUCUUGUCAACCACAUACAAAGUUGGACAAAGUAAUAAUAUUUUCUCAGUUUCUGGAGCAUAUUCAUGUCAUUCAGCAGCAGCUGACUAUUGCUGGAAUAACAUAUGCGGGAAUGUACAGUCCCAUGCCUUUAGGGAAUAAGAGAAGUGCAUUAACGAAGUUUCAAGAUGAUCCAAUGUGCAUGGCUUUACUCAUGGAUGGAACUGCUGCGCUGGGCCUUGAUUUGAGUUUUGUGACACAUGUUUUUCUCAUGGAACCUAUAUGGGACAGGAGUAUGGAGGAACAAGUUAUUAGCCGGGCACAUCGAAUGGGUGCUACUCGUCCAAUACAUGUCGAAACUUUGGCUAUGCGUGGUACCAUCGAAGAGCAAAUGCUUAAACUUCUGCAGGAUUCCAAUGCUUGCAGGAAAAUGGUGAAUAAAGGAACAAGCAGCACUGACAAUGGAGGAGGCCGGCCUCAUCGUAGUCUCCAUGAUUUUGCUGAAAGCAGCUAUCUGGCGCAACUCAACUUUGUUUAGAUAGGGUCGUUCAGCACCUUGUAUUGAUGCUAACACGUACUGUUGAUUUUUUUUCUAUUCCUUUUGAAAUGUAGCGGUCCUUAAAAUCAUUCUUUUGCAGUAGAAAUAGAAAUUACUCAGAAAUGUAAUUCAUCUUAAUUCCAAAAAAAUGUUGCCCGGAGUC